AUAAGUUUUAAUAAGUAAUACUUAGACAAUUCUCAUGACAUAUACAUUUGGGCUGUGUCAAUCAUGUGUGACUGUCUUGUCUGUCUUAACUAUCUUAGUCCACGGUUCGAACUAAUCAAUUUGUAGUAUUAUUAAAUCGUUGCAGAUGAUUAUAGCAAGUAGCAACCCCAGAAUAGGUGAUUUGCGUUAUCAAUGUUUAUGUUUACACGUGCUCAAGUCGCUCAUGGUUAUCACGGUUUAGAUAACAAAACCGUGGACGGCCUGGCCCCGGCAUGCUUGUCGUGUUCAAGCAUCUCAAACCUCAACGCGCCGUUUUUUUUUCAAUUUUAGCGCUGCCACUUCAGAUAUUUCGACUUUCGUUCAGUGGUGGAAAUCAACUAGUACAAAGCAUGAGUUUGGUGUCACUGAACGAGGCGGAAAAGGUGUACAUUAUUCACGGAGUUGAGGAAAAUUUCAGAUGCGAUGGACGCAGUAGACAAGAUUACAGACCGUUGGAAUUAGAAAUGGACAUUGUGAGUAAUGCUAAUGGGUCAGCUCGCUUGCGAUUAGCCAAUUCUGAUAUUUUAGUGUGCGUAAAAGUCGAAAUUGACACUCCACUUCCAGAAGCACCUAAGGAUGGCAAAGUAGAAUAUUUUGUCGAUUGUUCAGCCAAUGCAACUCCAGCAUUUGAAGGACGUGGCGGUGAACACUUAGCAGCUGAACUCAGUCGUUUUCUUUCCUUAGCUCAUGGCCCAGUAUUUAACUUGAGCAAAUUAUGUAUUGUUCCUGGACAAUCAUGCUGGAAAUUGUUUGUCGAUGUUCUGAUCUUAGAAUGCGGAGGAAACUUAUUUGAUGCCGUAUCAUUGGCAGCUAAAGCAGCGUUAUGUAACACAAGUCUACCAAAUAUUGUGGGGACAUAUGAGGAUGGCCAAAAUAUUGAUCUUCAAAUAUCUGAUGAUCCAUUUGAUACAAAAGCACUAGACGCGAGUGACUUACCUGUCUUGGUGUCCAUGUGCAAGAUUGGCAACAGUUACGUAGCUGAUCCUACUAUAGAGGAGGAAAUAUGUGGUGCAGGAUGUAUUGUUGUAUCAGUCACGCCCAAAGGAAAUGUAACGGCCGUAUUGAAAAAAGGAGCUGGAAGCUUUAUGCCGGAUACGUUAAAUGAGAUUAUUAUGUCUGGUUCACACAUUGGUAUUCUGUUGAACAAAGCGCUCAAUGAAACUCUUAUUCAAGACAUGUCCAGUAAUGUUUGUAAGCAACAAUAUGGUUUCCUUAAAUGAAUAAAAAUUAAAGUGUAUACUUUUUUUUAAUGUAAAUAAUAUUUAAUAUAAACAUUAUACAUUUAUACAUUUUAUAAUA